AGAAGAAGAAGAAGAAGAAGAAGCAAGGGAAGCCUCUGUUGGGGAAGACACACCUGGGUUGAGAGACUCAGUCGCUCGCCCAAGGUGGUGAUCAAACCCCCAUGGUUAGGACCCCAACCUCCAUACACUAGACUUUACAAAACAGCCGAUCGAUCCUCAUAGAGCUCAGUUAACUGUGAAUGCGCAUCGAUCAAUCAAAGAUUCGACCUGCGUUCGUUAGGCCACGCCCCUCUGCAAGUCGACCUUGAUCUCCGACGAACAUACCCAUCAGAAAGUUGCCGCAUUGAAAAUGAACUCCAGCGAUCCUCAGCCUCCUUGUAUGUGGAUCCCAGGAUGGGUCAAUAGCAAUGGGAUCUUGGCGGGGGACACGCCGUUCGAUUUCUUCUUCCCGCGCUUCGCUUUCCAAUUGAUUAUCGCUUCAUGCAUGAGCCUCAUCAUGCAGCAUCUGCUCAAGCCGCUGGGUCAGACCAGAUACAUCUCCAGCCUCAUUGGUGGCAUGCUCUUGGGCCCAAGUUUCUUGGGCGGAAUAGCACCGGAAGUGGUUCAGAAGUACGUGUUCCCAAAGGACGGGGUGCAAAUCCUGGACAUGGCAUGCCGUUUCGGCCUGUGUUUCUGGCAUUUCUUGAUGGGAGCUCAGAUUCACGUCGGCCCCAUGAUGAAGAACGUGCCGCGGAAGGCUGUAUGGAUAGGAAUGACUGCCCUGGUUUCACCGCUUCUUCUCGGCUUCGUCAGCAGCUUUUCCGUCAACAUGCUUCUCCCCGACAGCAUGCAGUCCCAUCUCUACCCUUAUUUCAUGGGCUUGCCUUUCGUCACCACCACCCUCACCGUGUUGGCGGGCAACGUUGUCGACCACAAGCUCCUCGGCACCGAGAUGGGCAACCUGGCCAUGUCGUCUGGCAUCUUCAUUGCAGUUGGCGCCGUAGUUCCCCUUAAUAUCAUGGUCUGGUGUCUUCCUCCCCACGGAAAGCCAUAUAAUCCGCAAUGGAAGCUUCCAUCCGGUGCAAUGUACAUAGUAUUUAUUUUUUUCGUGGCACGUCCGAUACUGCACUGGAUAGCCCGGCGAGUGCCGAACGAGGAAGACGUAAAGGAGUACCAUGUUUCCGCCAUUAUCCUGUGGGCGGUGGUCGGGGCCACGAUCACGGAGGUAUUGGGUGCUCACAUCACCGUCGGCGCGUUCUUCGCCGGCCUGAUCCUACCGCACAGCGCGCUGACGACGGUGGUAACCAGCAGACUGGAGGACUUCAACUCCACGGUGCUGAUGCCUCCUUUCUUCAUAAUUAUCGGUCAGCAAGUCAAUCUCCUCAACAUGUUCGAGAACAGCAAAGGCUGGUUUUUCGUGCUCAUGCUCCUCAUCGUUUACCUGGGGAAAGUUAGCCUUAUUGCGUUCGUCGCAUCUUGGCAUAGCGUUCCCCUCAACGAGGGCCUCUCCAUUGGCUUCCUCAUAAGCUCCAGGGGAAUUCUGGACAUCCUCCAACUCUCUUGGUCCACAGUGGCAAAGCUUAACAAUGCGGAUGAACAAGAGUUUGCGAUCAUGUUGUUUGGUACCAUGGUGACGAACUUGAUCAUCGGCCCCGCCAUUUCCUUUCUCUACGACCACCCUCUGUUGUUACGGCACAAGGGGAGCCGAGCCAUCCAGGAGCUGAAACCGGACGCCGAGUUCCGCAUUCUCGGCUGCAUCUACGACCAUCACACCAUCCCGAGCCUACUGAACCUGGUUAAGUCCAGCCACGCCACCAGGUUCUCCCCCAUCUACCUCUCCGUCCUCCACCUCGUCCACGCCACGUCCCGCGAAUCGACCGUGCAGCAGCAGAGCCUGGAGAACAGCGGGAUCGGAAAGGGACGGGAUGACAGCUCCCUGAACGCGACCUUCAGCAAGCACAAGUUGGCCGGCUGGGUCAGCCUCAGCCACCACACCCAGCUCUCCUCAUACUCCACCAUGCCCGACCACAUCUGCAACGCGGCCGAGGCCAGCCGAGCCACCUUCCUGAUCGUCCCCUUUCAUAUCAGGAAAGUGGUGGGCAGCCACAGCGGAUUGGCCAGCGACCCGAUCAGGAACAUCAACCUGAACGUGCUGGAGAACGCCCCCUGCUCCGCCGGUGUCCUCGUGGACAUGGGCGUCGCCGGGACUGGGACCACCAACAACUUCCAGAACGUCGUCGUCCUCUUCUUCGGCGGACCCCACGACCGGGAGGCUCUGACCUACGCAUCCAGGAUGGCUCAGCACGACCCCGUCAGGCUCACCGUGGUGAGGUUCACGCCGGCCGCGCCGUCGUCCACCGUCAGCUACCAGAAUGAAGACGAUCUCUUCAUACAGCGAUUUAAAUUCCUGGCUGACGCCAACCGAUCGAUCACAUAUCUGGAGCAUCAAGUCGGCAGCGGCGCAGACACUGUGGCGGCCAUCCAGGGGAUGGACAGGGCGUUCGACCUCUUCAUGGUGGGGAGGCAGCACGGGCCGGCCGUGUCGGCGCAGAUGCUGUCGGGCUUGGAAGCGUGGAGCGAGUACCCGGAGCUGGGCACCGUCGGCGACCUGUUGGUGUCGUCGGACUUUAAGGCGACGGCGGUGUUGGUGGUGCAACAGUACUCGUGGGCGGAGGACUACGAAGCGGUGGAGGACGAGUGCAGGUUCCCCGUUCAUGAUGUUCAAAAGUACGAGAAGCAUACUCGUCACCACAUAAUGCAGCAGGAGCAGCCGAUCUCACGAGGCGCGCAGUUGCGUGCGAGAAGGCACAACGCGACUCGUCAGAAUGGAAUCCAGUUUGAUGAGUUUGGAUGGAACUGGAACCUGGGUGCCGGAUUCUGAGGAAGGCACCCAUCAUCUUCUCCUGAGGAAGAAGGAGGUGAACCAGGAUUUUGGUCUGCCAUUAGAUCCAGUUUUGGAGCUAAAAUCCUAUCCUUCCUAAAUGCUUUCUUUUCUUUUUAUUUAGGGAGGCUCUUGAAUCAAUCAAGGAUAUAGAGAAUCUGUACAUUGAUCGAGGAGAGUAUGCAGCUGAGGUCGGAAAAGUAGUCUACGUUGGUUGGGAUACCCCGAAUGUGAGCACUGGGGACUUUGUCUUUGCUUAUUCUUUGUAACUUGUACAAUUUUUUUUUACUGUUCUUUUUUUCCCUUCCAUUAAUCUACGAGUGGGGGUCUGCGUAACCCCAGUUUUUUACCAUAAAUAUUCGUGGGUGAAGUUA